AUGAAGGUCCUGUUUCUGACUUUGGUCCUUGGUCUGGUCUGUUCUUGCCAGCAGCGUCCAGCUGGGCCACACCACUCACAGCUUUCAGGAGAAUGGAAAACCCAUUACAUCGCCUCCAAUAACCCAGAGAAGACCAGUGAGAAUGGGCCAUUCAAUGUUUAUCUUCGCAGCAUCAAUUUUAAUGACAAAGGGGACUCCCUUGUCUUCCACUUCUUUCUCAAGCACAACGGGGAAUGCAUAGAGACGUCUGUUACUGGAACACAGAUAGGAAACAACGUUUACACGGCUGACUAUGCAGGAAUCAAUCGAUUCUACUUUAUUCUGGUGUCCAACGAUGGUCUGAUAGUGAUUUCUGAAAAUAAGGAUGAAGCAGGCAAGACAUCCAGACUCAUCGGGCUCUUGGGCAAAGAAGAUGUCAACGAUCACAACCUGGAGAGAUUCAAGGAAGAGAUUAGAAAAUUUGGGAUUCCAGAGGAAAAUAUUGUGGAUUUCACCAAGGGUGACUGGUUGGUUGAUGAACGCCGAGCAGCUUUAGUAAAGGAUCCCACCAUACAUACAUCCUGGGGAAAAUUCCACACGGACCCUCACCUACAUCACAAGAUGUGGAGCAGUGAGGUCCACCAGGAUUCUGACAUUGGAUCAGCCACCAGCUCUUGUACCCUGGACAGCCUACUGCCCGAGGCUCACCCCUGCCAGCCGUCACAGAGCUGA